UUCGUGGUCCACUUACCUUAUAUUCUUCAAAAAAGGAGAUGUGUAUCUCUAUAAAUAAACAUAUGUAUGUAUAUGUAUAUGUAUUGUGUAUUUGUGUGUCUGUAUUUGGAUCAAUUUAGGGCAAAAUGACGAUUGUUGACGAUGACAAGGACAUCAACAAGCCGCAGGAAAGCCAGCUGUGCAUACCAUGGGACAAUCUAGACGACCUUGAAUUUUAUCCAAAUUUCACCAAUAACUUAAUUUAUUUGAGUUCUGAGCAGGCCUUGUUCGAUUAUGACGAUGGUGUCGAGAAGCCGGUAGAGGAAAAUGCUCCUGUGGCGAAAGAGGAGGACCACCCGGCCGCUGAAUUGAAGACAAAGAAGCCGAGAAGCAAAGGGGUCGCGAGAAAGAAGAGGAGCAUCAAUAAUGUUGCGAAAAAUUCAGCUGGUGGGUUCGUGCAAAAGAGGAGGUGUAAGCAUUGUGAUUCGGAGGAAACUCCUCAGUGGAGGGCGGGUCCAAUGGGGCCAAAGACACUUUGCAAUGCUUGUGGAGUGAGGUACAAGUCGGGGAGACUGUUGCCUGAAUAUCGCCCAGCGGCCAGUCCUAGCUUUGAUGCUAGCAAACAUUCUAACUAUCAUCGGAAAGUAAUCAGUAAGGUGUCGUCCCAGUGAAAAGCUAGUUGUUGUACUAAAAGAAGUUGCGCGUGUUUGUAGUUGCUCCAACAAUAUAUAUAUAUAUAUAUUGUGCUGAAGGAGUUGAGUUGAGACUAUGCUUUAGGGUCGGUGAUUUUUAUUUCAUAUCUAGUUUCUUUGUUUUCGUCCACAUUUGUUUGGAGUCGUGUACUACAAUUUAUGAAAAUUAUAGACCACAUAUU